CUCUUCACCCUUUGCAUUGACUUUUUCAACGCAGAAGGGUCCAACCUCCAUGGCAACAAAAACUCCACUGGUAUCAUCGCACUGGCAUGUCUCAAUCUCCCUGUUGAAAUUCGAUACGCCCCCGAGAAUCUAUAUCUCACUGGUCUGGUUCCAGGUCCUCAUGAGCCAACCCUCACAGAGUUGAACCAUUACAUUCGGUUCAUCGUCGACGAUUUUCUUGUUGGUUGGCAUGAUGGCUUUUUCCUGUCUCGCACUGCACUCUACAAAAGUGGUCAU